AUGUUUGCUCACUUGGUCACUGCUGCCAAGGGUCUAUUCGCGCGACCAGAAAAUUCAGAUUCUGCCGAUUCCACUAUGGUGACUACACGACGAGGCGAAGUUGCGCCCGAACUUGCCAACGGAAAGCGCAAGGCCAACAAGGCCGAUGAGCAGCAGACCAAGCGGAGAAGAAAGAGUGAUCCCAAGGCUAUGGGAACCGAAGAAGCCAGCGAUAUCCCGGAGACAUCCAACGUGAACGGAGAGAAAGCGCCCGCAGAGAAGAAGAACCACUUCCGUUUCGACAGCGAAGAGCCUGAAAAUCCCCAGACACUACCUGAAGAGAUCCCAGAAGAUCCGAUGCAGGAGGACGAAGAUGAGGAUAGUGAUGACGAUGCGCCGGAGGCCAUUGAUAAUUCGGCUCAGCUAUUGAAAAUGAAGGAGCAGGCCAAAAAGCGAGAGACCGUGAAGCAAUUAGAAGAACAGCUGAAGAGAGAGAAGCGACGGAAACUGGACGAGCGCCGCAAGUUGCAGGCCAAGACUAUCGUUAAGCCUAAGGAGUCUUCCGAUGAUCUCCUCUCCGAGAGCACAGCCACUAUUCAGGGCACAACUACACAAGAUGCACGACGGGCAGCUCUUCCUGCUUUGCUUCCCGAUGACAUUCUGAACGCCGAUCCCGUAAUUCGCCCUCCCACGCCCCCAGCCGAUGAUUUCGCCAUGCCAAAGAAGUCAAAUAAGCUGAGGUUCCUGGACAAGAAGGACAAGAUUCCCAAGGAUGUCAACCUGGGAGAUGUCUCGAUUCGAGUGCUUGAUGCGCCCUCCACCAAGAAGAGCUCGAAGCCUGCUUUGGCCCCUCGAGUCUCCAAGGCUGGAAAAAACCUCAAGGGCAGCAUGUUGCAGAGGACCCGUAACUCCGCAAGCAACGGGCUCCGGAAGAAAGCAAGCGGACCUGGUGGGUUCGUUCGCCGUUGA